AUAAAAAAAAUGUCAUGUAUAGUAUAUGUAUAUAUCAUCAAACUAUGUACUUGCUUGCUUUGUUCCAAGGCAGAGUAUAACACAAAGAGCAUAAAGUUGUUUCAAUUAUAAGCAAGAAUGAAGCAAAAAAUAGUUAUAAAGUUGCAAAUGAAGAACGAGAAAUGCAGAAACAAAGCCCUUAAAAUGGCUGCUGAAGUCAAAGGUGUGACAUCGGUAUCAUUGGAAGGAGAUGAUAAAGAUCGUGUAUCCGUAACCGGUGAUAAUGUAGACAUAAUUUGCUUAGCCAACCAUCUGAAAAAGAAGUUCAAUAGUGUCACCAUUUUGAGUGCGGAAGAGGUGAAAAAGCCGAAAACGGCAGAAGAGAAGAAAAAGGAAGAAGACAAGAAAAAAGAAGAAGACAAGAAAAAGAUGAUAGAGGCAUGUAAAGCUGUUUUGCACGAUUCUUGUAUCAAGUGCAACAACUUCAAUUGUCAUGGUAAGUGUGAUAAAUGCACAAAAUGUGAAAGUUCAAAGUGUGAUGGAAAACAUUGUGUCACUAUUUGCUUUAAGUGUGAAAAUGCAAAGUGUAAUGGAAAUCAAUGUAAUUCUUGCUCCAAUUGUCACAACAAGAAAUGCAAUGGUUGCUCAUCUAAGCCACCUUCAUCAUCCUUCAUACAAUAUCAUCAAUGGUGGACAUGUCCUAAGUAGUUAUAACCCUUAUCGACGAAAUUGCACGGUUGUUUAUCAUCCAAACCGUGAUACUUGCUCCAUAAGUGAUCUAUCCGAGAGUAAAGACUCCUCUUGGUUAUGUCGAAAUGAUUACAUCUUCUCUAAUAUUGUUUGUGUAAUAUAUUGUAUUUUCUUUGUGAUAGUUGAAAUAAUGUAAACUUUUUGUUCUAAUAUUUGCGUGCAUUGUGUUUAGAUUGAAUUAUUUUUUAAGAAAAAA